AUGACGAUCCGGGAGCACAUGAGGCCGUUCUCGAGCUUGCAUGGCCUGCCAAGCAUUACAUCGGCCAACGGGUCUACCAAUGGGAGCAACAGCAGGAAGAAGCAGUUGAUCCUGAAUGCCUUUGUUGAGUCCUGCAGCGGCCAUCAGUCUCCAGGCCUUUGGCGACACCCCGACGACAAGUCCGCCAACUUCAACGACAUCGAACACUGGGUCAACCUCGCAAGACUUCUCGAAUCUGCAAAGAUCCACGGAAUUUUCAUCGCUGAUGUUCUCGGUGGCCACGACGUCUACCGCAAUAGUCUGGAUCCUGCCAUCAUCUCCGCUGCCCAGUGGCCCGUGAACGAGCCGUUGGCUGUGGUUGCCGCUAUGACGGCUGCGACGAAGUCGAUCGGCGUGGGUGUGACUGUGGCGACGACGUAUGAGCAGCCUUACCAUCUGGCUUGGCGGUUGUCGACGAUCGAACAUCUCUCGAAAGGACGACUUGGCUGGAACAUCGUGACGGGAUACUUGGACUCUGCUGCGCGGAAUUUGAUCAAUGAUGAACAGCCGAAGCAUGACAAUCGCUACACUGUUGCUGAGGAGUAUAUGAAAGUCAUGUACAAGCUCUUUCAAUCCUCGUGGCGAGAUGACGCUGUCGUUCGAGAUGCGAAACGAGGUGUCUUCACAGCCCCCGAGCGAGUCCGGAUUAUCGAUCAUAAAGGGGAGUUCUAUACCGUGCCCGGACCUCACAUAUGUCAGCCUUCACCGCAGCGCACGCCACUCCUGCUGCAAGCUGGGACUUCCAAAUCCGGCAAACUCUUCGCAGCUCAGCACGCUGAGGCGAUCUUCGUCGCUGGCCACAGUCCUUCCGUCGUCGCAGCAAGCGUCGCUGAGAUCCGCAAGACUGCGGAGACGAAGUUUAGACGAGAUCCGAACAGCUUGAAGUUCCUGGCCAUGUUCUGUCCCGUCAUCGGCAAGACGCAAGAAGAAGCCGUCGCGAAGUUCGAGGAUUACAUCCAAUACGGCUCCGUCGAUGGUGCCCUGGCACUCUUCGGCGGCUGGACUGGAAUAAAUCUCGAGCCGUAUGCUGACGAUGAAGAGCUCCGACAGGUGGGCAGUAAUGCUAUUCAGUCGGCGGUCGAAGCAUGGUCGAAGUCUAGCCCUGGUAUUGCAAAGUGGACUAAGCAUACUGUUGCACGACACCUCCAAAUCGGCGGACUCGGCGCCACAGUCGUUGGUACCCCUGCACAUGUCGCCGACGAAAUGCAGCGAUGGGUGGACGAAGCUGAUGUCGAUGGGUUCAAUAUGCCAUACGCUAUCUUUCCAGGCUCGUUCGAGGAUAUUGUGGAGCUACUAGUGCCAGAGUUGAGGAGGAGAAACGUGUUCUGGGAUGAGUAUGCUGUGCCUGGAGGCACCUAUAGGGAGAACUUUUAUCAGAGGGAGGGCCAGAAGCAGCCGUUGGAGCAACAUGUCGCGAGUAAGUAUCGGUGGAGGGCUAGGGUGAGGAGGGAGGAUGCUGUGAUUCCCGAGUAG